AUGGGAGCUUCACAAUCCAUAUUCUCAAAGGGAGAACGUCUAGAAUUGAACAAUUGGGUUACGUCACAUAAUAUAGUGAAUAAAAUAAAAUAUAUUAUAAGUAAAACUAGUUCCUUAAGCAGAAAUGGUAUUAAAAAAGAAGUUUUUCGGAAAGAAUGCUUAAAUUUGGUGAAUUUUCUAAUUAUACAAAAGAAUGCACGUCCAAAUAUUUUAUCACAAAGACGAUGGGAAGUAUUACUAAAAGAAUUUUUAAGUAGAUACUUUAACAAGCCUACUAAACAUGGAAUAUGUCCUUUUAUAUUAAAAGAAGAUGAAAGAGACCUUUUAAGAUUAUCAUAUACAGCGCAUGAUUUCUGUGAAGAAAAAAAUAGUCGUCUAAAAUCUCUAAAACCCUAUGAAACACCAGAUGAAAAUUUUUACAAAUGUAACCGUGAACCUGAAUGUAUAGAUAAAUUUAAAGAAUAUAAUGCAUGGAUUCAAGAAAGAAGAGUAGGUUUUUAUCAAAAUAGCAUUUUUAAGAAAUCCCUAGAAAUACCACCACAAAUCCAUUUUCCAACAGACGAAAGAUGUAAUGUAUUCAGGGAUAAAACUUUUCAUGAACUCGUAAGUGCAGACAUGGAUAAAUUUCCAUAUUCUCAAGAUUCGUAUGAAGGAAAAGAAAUUUGUACAGAAGAUAUACUAGAACAAAGUUCAACAUCAGCUGCACAUACGCAGAUAGAUAGAACUACUGUCGAACAAGAAUCUCAAUCUUCUGAUAAUUCUGAACAUGAUAUACCUUUAGAAACUGAAGCUAUUGAAGAAGAAAUAUCAAAAAUUCAAUCUGAAGACAUUUCCUUAAAAAAAGAUAUAAUAUUCCAAGUUCUCAAACAUUUAGAAACUCCACAAGGAACAAUACAUCCUCUACUUGAAAAAAUGUUUUUAAGUAAUGAUCUUAAAUCUGAUUUGUCAACAUAUAAUGAAUCCGUUGUUGUCCCAAAUUCUAUAUUUCAAUACCCACUCUCUAUAAUUACUUUACAAUUUAACAAGGAUGAUAAAAAAAAAAAAACGAUAAAAAAAAGACAAGUAAAAUUACUUAGAAUAGUAACACCUUUACAUGCUGCUAGAAAAAGUAAGUUUUUAACGCACGAACAUGAGGAAGAUUUCUUACAUAAUGAUGAAAAAAUCAUAAAAAACAUUAAAAUACAUGAACAUAACGUGAACAAAAACACCAAAAUAUCAAAGAGAAAAAAGGACAGAACAAAAACUAUUAUAGAAAUACAUAUGGAAGUGCUCGAAGAAUUCAGAAAUGAAGAAUGGAAAUCCAGCAAAGGAGAAUUUUUAUCAAUAUGCAUAGAACAGCUUACAAAUGAGAAAUACAAUACACAUUCUCAUUUAACAAAAGAUGAACUAAUAAUGGAAAAUAUUAAAAGAUUGAAUGAUGUUGAACAACAAAAAUUUCUAUGGAAUAAAUGGAUAGAAAGACAUGGAAAUCUUUCAGAAAUUUUGAAAAAAGAAAAUUGUUUUAAUAAUUUGAAAAAUGAAUGGAAAAAAGAACUACAAGAUUACGUCGAAAAAAUGAAAGAAUUAGAAAAAAAAUCCUCUAAUGAAAAUCACAACUUUUCAUUUUUACGAAGAGAAAAAGAUAUAUGGAAACAAUGGAUAUUAAAAAAGGGUACUAUUGUAGAACAGUAUUUGAAACAAGACUGGUUUAAAAAAUUGGAAGAGGAGUUACAGAAUAGGUUAUAUACUUUCGAAAUUGCAGAAACUAUAUAUGAUGUAUCAUUAAUAAAUAUGGAAGAAUUGGUAUACAAAGAAUGUUAUCAAGAAUUAUAUAAAUAUGUAAAAAAAAAAGUAUUAGUAAAACUUUGUAUACUCCUAUUUAUGAUGGUAUUAGAAGAAUGCAAAAAAGAGGAGUAUAUAUAUAAUAGGGAAUCAUAUUUUGACAUUUCUAUAAAUGAAUGGAAGACAGAAAUGAAUUUAGCGAAAAAAUCAGAAAUUGAAAAAAACAUAACUGAUGUUAACAAAGAUGUUUUGGAAAAUAAAGAAAAUAUGGGGCAUAUAAGGGAAGACAACUUUAAAAAGGAAAUAGAUAAUUGGAUAAGUAAAGACGAUACAAAUGUAAAUUUCACAGUUAAUGAUGAGGAAUUAGACAAAACUGUUAUAACAUCAGGAAAAUAUAUUUUAUAA